UAGUGCAAAGGGGCGUAUUAUUAGGCCACCUUCUUCGGUCGAAACACCGAUAACGAUAAUAGCACAGGGGAAGAAGCGCCGGUCACAGUCCCACCCACCUCACUCCUUUGGAACCUUGUACUUAUACUGGUGUUCAUUCUCCAAAUUUGGGUGCUUGAUCAUAAUUUUUCUUCGAAAGCUCUCCAGCUACCACUCCUUUCUCAGAUGCUCCUUGUUAUUUCUGUGACAAAAAAUUUUUUUCACACAUGUUAUACUCUAGUGUAAAUUCCAUUAUGAGGAAGGCUCCAAGCUGGUUGGGCCAGUCAAUUUCAGAGCAAAUCGUCUGCAACCAUUGUGCUUUUAUUGCAUAGAGGGGACCUCUAUCCCCUCGGCUUGAGGACCAUGGUAAGGGGAAGGGAUGCUUGUUGGGAACACUGUGUGUUGGUUGAUGCUACUAGACAGAAAGUUAGAUGUAAUUAUUGUCAACGGGAGUUUAGUGGAGGCGUUUACAGGAUGAAAUUUCAUCUAGCACAAAUAAAAAACAAAGACAUUGUUCCUUGUAGUGACGUACCCAAUGAUGUAAGAGAUCUGAUACAGAGCGUAUUAAACACCCCAAGGAAGCAGAAGACUCCCAAGAAACCAAAGAUAGAACAAACACCCAAUAGUCCACACAAUAGCUCUUCUGCUAGUGGUGGUUUUCAUCUUAAUGUUGGAUCAAGUGGGCAACGCGGUAGCACUUGUCCAUCUUUAUUAUUUCCUCACCCUUCACCAAGUGGCCAGCCAAUUUUAGAUGACUCCCAGAGGCAAAAGCAAGAAGAGGCUGAUAAAAAGAUAGCAUUGUUUUUCUUUCACAAUUCAAUUCCUUUUAGUUCGUCUAAAUCUAUCUAUUAUCAUGGAAUGGUGGAUGCUAUAGCUGAUUGUGGUGUUGGGUAUAGAGCUCCUAGUUAUGACAGAUUAAGAACUACUCUUUUGGAAAAAGUGAAAGUAGAGAUAACCGAUAGCUACAAGACAUACAGGGAUGAGUGGAGGGAGUCAGGGUGUACAAUCAUGUCUGAUGGUUGGACAGAUGGUAGGUCGAAAUUUCUUAUAGUGUUUUCUGUUGCAUGUCCUCGUGGAACACUAUUUCUUAAAUCUGUUGAUGCAUCGGCCCAUGUGGAUGAUGCCCAUUACUUGUUUGAGUUACUGGAGUCAGUCGUUUUGGAGGUUGGUUUGGAAUACAUUGUGCAAGUCAUCACUGAUAGUGCAGCCAAUUAUGUAUAUGCUGGGAGGCUUCUAACUGCGAAAUAUCCUUCCUUAUUUUGGUCUCCGUGUGCUUCAUAUUGCAUUGACAGAAUGCUAGAGGAUAUAAGCAAGCAGGAAUGGGUUAGUACCGUCAUUGAGGAGGCAAGAAGCAUCACAAAAUAUAUAUAUGGCCAUUCUUGGGUCCUUAAUCUGAUGAAGAGAUUCACGGGGGGAAAGGAAUUGCUUCGUUCCAGGAUCACAAGAUUUGUAACACACUUUCUUUCGUUGCGGUCCAUUGUGAUUCAUGAGGACAAUUUGAAGCAUAUGUUUUCCCAUACAGAAUGGUUGUCAUCCUUAUACAGCAAAAAAUCUGACGCACAAGCAGUUAGAUCAUUGAUAUACUUGGAUCGAUUUUGGAAGUCAGCUCAAGAGGUCGUCAAUUUAUCAGAACCACUGAUUAAAGUUUUAAGGAUUGUAGAUGGAGACAUGCCAGCUAUGGGCUAUAUAUACGAGGGCAUAGAAAGAGCAAAGGUGGCUAUUAAGGCUUACUACAAGGGGAGUGAAGAUAAAUAUAUGCCAAUAUGGGAGAUAAUUGAUAGGAGAUGGAAUCUACAGCUUCACUCGCCCUUACAUGCUGCAGCCGCUUUCCUCAACCCUGCUAUUUUCUACAACCCCAGUUUCAAGAUUGAUUCCAAGAUACGUAAUGGCUUUCAUGAAGCGAUGAUGAAGAUGGUUCUCAAUGACAAAGAUAAGAUGGAACUUACUAAGGAGACACCGAUGUAUAUAAAUGCCCAUGGAGCUUUGGGCAAUGACUUUGCUAUGAUGGCAAGGACAUUGAAUACCCCAGGUGAUUGGUGGGCUGGUUAUGGAUAUGAGGUCCCUGUAUUGCAGAGGGCUGCCAUCCGGAUACUAAGCCAGCCUUGUAGUUCUUAUUGGUGCAGAUGGAACUGGGGCACCUUCGAAAAUGUUCACACCAAAAAACGCAACAGGUUGGAGCAGGAAAAAUUCAACGAUUUAGUUUAUGUGCAUUGCAAUCUUCGGUUUCAAGCCAUGAAUCAUUAUGGGGAUGGAAAAUGUAAAGCUAUUGUUUACGAUGAAAUCGAUGUGAGUUCAGAGUGGCCGACAGAAUCUGAAUCUUCUUUUUUCCUCUUGGAUGAUUCUUGGUUAGACAAUUUGCCUUUUGAGUGUAGGGGUAGUCCAUCAACUUAUGAAUAAUUUACAGCCAAAGAGUAUCUAUCUGUGCUUGAGGAAGAUAUGUACGAUAUAGGAAUGUUGAGAGUUGAUAAUUUUAUCAUGUGGAUCAUUUGAAGCUUGGUAGUGUACCGAUUUUGGGUUACUGCAUCAGGUCUUGUCUAGUGGUCUAGUGGUUUGGUCGGACCCUUGUUUGUGCUUAUGUUUUUAUAAGGGUGAUGAACAAAGUUGCCAGUUCGAUUUACAAAC